CGCCAUGGAAAGUUAUCGUAAAUAUAGCAGUCGAUCGACGGAGUAUUCUUAUUAACCUAUGAAUACAUGUAAGAGAUCUGUCUCGUUCGUCGAGAAUUUACAGUUCGAGAUUUCCGAUAAUUUGAACAACGAAGCUUUGGUGCUAGCCGAUGUCGACAAUGAUGGUGACAAUGAACUUGUAGUUGGACAAAUCAAUGGCGAAUUGUUGAUAUUCAAGGGCAGCUCUGUCAAACCUUACAAAUCAUGCCGUAAUUUGGGUAUGAUAACUUGUGUUGGAGUGGGAGACUUUUGGAAUCAACGGGAAAAUUAUCUUUUCUGUGUAACAGUGGAGGGAUGGUGUCAUAUAUUCUUUGUAAGUCACAAAAAACAAACUUGUCGAUCGCCAAAUAUAUACCGCAGGUAGUGCUGUAAAGAAAUCGAGGACAAUAUAAACUUUUGGUCUGCUUCCUGAUUCAUUCAUAUUCAAACAGGUUUUUUUUUUGGCUCACCUCUCACCGACUCAAAAUCUGGAGCAAUUUAAAAAGUUUAUCGCUUUUAUUUUUGCUUCAUCGCAUACAGCAGCUCACAAGUGUAGACGAUGAUAUAGGAGCCAGUUCGUUCUAAACAAAAUUGCUUCGUGCGGAAUUUUUGGAAAGUGUUUGUCAGGGGAAUAAAAUCAAGAAAGAUUUCCAUGAACUCCCAACGUACUAUUUUCAUACAAGGUAUUAGUUUCAAAGUUAAUCAAUUGUUUUCUUUUAUCAAAAAUGAAUAAUGACGUAUGAUUAUGACGUUGAACGUUACAUGGAAAUCUUGCCUCCAAGUGUAUUACACUUUAAAAAUUUGAUUUUAAUUUAAGUGCCAAUGAAUUAAUUUUUUUAAAAGUUGCACACAAGUCCUUAGCCUACUCCAGCAACUUGUUUUGAUGUUAGUGUCAAAGAGUGUUAAAUGACUGAGUUUUGAUUGUGUCCUUCAGCAUUGAACAUAACGAACAAUGAGCUUUACUGAAUCAUUCCCUUAGGGUUUUUUUAGUGACAAUAUUACUUAAAUUAAUAGCAUCAUUAACCAAGUAAUUUAAAUCCAAUUCACUAUUUCAACUUAUCUUAAAAAAAACUGGUGGUUGCGAGCUGAAAAGGCAGGCCCCAAGCUGCCACAACACACAACACAGCGGCGCAACUCAAGUGAUUGAGACUUCACCCCUAUGUCUGAAAGAACUGCCUUAAGAGCUGACUUUUCAAUCUGCAUUUAAAACCUUAAGACUGACUUUCAGUGUUAUUUCAUGUUUUUUAUGUUUUUGUGUUUUUUUUGUGUUCAAGAACACAACAUACCAAACUGACUCAGGCAAGGACUCUCCAUCCCUUUAUUUGGGGACACCUCACCAGUAACUGGGUCAAAACAUCUUCCACACACUGCACUCAACAACUUUGUUUGAAAUAUUUUGCAGAUUACUCCAGAGACAACACAAGAGACUUUUAAACCAAUUUCCUCCCUUCUUCUUCCUUCCAAUUGUAAGAUCAUUUUGUUGGCAGAUGUGGAUGGAGAUGGAAUGCUGGAACUUGUGACAGGUCAUGCAGAUAGAGCUGUGUAUAUCCACAAGUUGCAUGUUGUGAAAGAGCAUCAUAGGCAGAGUGACAUCUGUGAUCAGCCAAGCACAGGUGUGAUUCAGAACAGAAUAUUAAGGGUUUUAGUAACUUAAACAAGCCUAUAUUCAUUGUUAGUAGAGGUGGUUACUUAACUCAAAACAAGGAGUAUCAGACCUCCCACAUACUUUCCAAGAGGCCUGUAGAAAUUUUGAAAAUAAAAAAUGAAAUAAAAUCCUAUCAUAGCACUGUUACUACUACUCUUAAAAAUAGUGCUAAAGAUGAUAAUGAUAACAAUGAAAAUGAUAUUCUUAAUAAUUCACAUUCAUAGAUAGACUCAUAACUUUUGUCAGUCAGUGUGAUGUUUAUUUCAUAGAACAGUAAGGAAUUCAUUUCAAAGCAACUUCUUUAAGUUACACUGAUUUUCAUCCAAAGAGGUUUCAGUUCUCAAGCAGAAAAAUUAAAUUUCUGUUGUAUGUUCAACAAACUGUGCACCUCACUGGUGCACUUUGCAAGCUGGCUCAUCUCUUAGGGCUCAUAAAGCAUGCCGCAAUGCCAGUCAGAGCUUGUUUGCAGAUUAUAGAUAUCAGUACAACAGCCUAAGUGCAUAAUAUUCAUAAAUUUUAGCCUCUUAAUCAUAAGUCCUUUGAAAUUGACAUUUUUCCUCAACCCUGAUCUAUAUAAAUUGAUUAUUUUUUUAUAUGUCACUUAUUGUAUUCUAGAGAAGCAUGCUCUUAGUUCUUUGAGGAUAACACAUACCUGACCUAGGAAAGCUUGCUCCAGUUUUACUAAAAGUUCAGAAGGCAAGCCAUCAGAUAAACUGCUAAUUAAAAUAACAUUUUUCCCUCUUUUUUUGGCUCUCAUCCAAUGGACAACAAUAGAUCUUCAAGAUAAGCCAAACCAGUGCUUGAGAAAUCAAAGUCUUACAAAGUAGUCAAUACGUUCACACUGCCACAAUUUCAUACCAUGAAGAGACAAGAAGUGUUCCUUGGGGAUAUAGAUCCAUUCAGUCUCCUUCCCCCCUCCCUCGACCCAGCAUUUGUGUGUUUCUGUGACAAUUUAAGACUACUUUGAAUAUACAUGACUGGUUGGAGAGAGGCACUAUGAUGAUAAGUUAUUUGAGGCACUGAGAUCACAACACAGUGAAAUAACAUAAGCCUGCCUCAGUAACCCAUGCCUAAAGAGUGUAUUGACUAUAUCAUCAACAAUUUCUGAUUUGUUGUAGAAAAAGAAGACAGGAAAAAAAAGGUCAAGCCAUCAGUGUCUACCAACAGACAUGAUUUGGAUAAAAUUACCGAAAACAGCAUAGAGACAGCCCAAAAAUUGAAUGGAAAAGAUUUAAAGCAAGAAGGAACAAUUGCCAAGUUGUACCAUGUAGGAAACAAAGAGUCAGGAGAUGCAGUUCAAAAGCAAACUGUGUCUUUUAAGGUUGAGGAAGUCCAUCACUGGACAAUUCCAAGACAGAUUGGUUCCCUUGUAGUGUUUGACAUGGAGACAACCAGGUACCUUUUGGCCUCAUAUCCUGGGGGUUCUUAUAUCAUUUUGAAUUCAUGGAAUUUGAGCGAACAACAGAAAGAUGGUGACCAGGUAAAAAAGUAUUGCUAACUUGGAAAUUUUAACUUAGAGUUUGCAACAAUUCUCUUUGGUCAUAAUUUGUGAUCAGUUUUUGUCUUUAAGAUUCUUUUGCUUUCUUUUUUUUUUCUUGAAAGUUUUUUGCAGUAAGUUUGAGUAUUUUGAGCUAUGUAGUCAAGUAGAGAAAAUGCUAUUCAUUUUUAACAAGAUUGUAGCAGAGAACAAAUUUUAGUUUUCCCACAAAAAAUCUAACUUGAGAACCUGUUGAUGAUCUAAACCACACACCAGGGCCAGGUUGUUCAAAGCUGGGUGAAGGCAACCCAGGUUAGUGUGAAAUCUGAUUUCAGAUAUGAAAGCUUUCGAAGAAAAUUCGGUACAAUUAUUUUUUUUUUGGAAUUUGAUGAUUGGAUGCUCUAAGAAGGCUUUUGAGCAAAGCAAUAAAAAAUUAUAAUUUAACCUUUGGAUAGCACUAAGCCUUCAAAUUGCAAUUAGCAGUAGCUUUUGAACACCUGGGCUCAGGCUCUUUAAUCCUUGAGUAAGUUAAUUUGUGCAUGCUCAUUAUGUAGGUGUAGUCCUAGUGACAAUGAAUCACAAAAAAAAAAAAAUUCUUUAUCACUCUGUCCUCUUCAGUUUUGUGCCAAACAUUCUGAUCUAAAAUCCCUUCUCUACUAGAUGUCAAGCUCAGCUUCCAAGUCCACUUUUAGACAAUUUCCCCAUAUCUGGGGAAGAAGUAAAGACAUUCCUUUAAAUUUACUCAGUCUAAAAUGUUGCGAUCCUGAUGCACCAGCUUCCUGCUCAGAGAAAUAUUUAGUGCUAUGUACUCAAGAUGGUCAGGUGACUCUACUUUAUGGAAGUAAGCUUCAGUGGUCACUUUGUAUCGAGCAAGGCUUCUACAAUCUCUUUGCUCUGUCAAAACUCGACAUUACUGGUGAUGGUAAUGAGGAAAUAGCUUUAUGCUCUUGGGAGGGAAACACUUAUAUAAUUGAUCACCUUAAGAAUGUGGUACAGUUCAGCUUUGGUGAAAAUGUGAUGGGUUUCUGUGCAGGGAGUUAUGCUUUUUCACCAGGGAAGAACCUUCCUGCAUUGGUUUAUGUGACAUCUUCCAAUCGAGUGAUCAUCUAUUGGAAUGCAUGGCAGUCGUUAAUGGUUCCGACUUAUCUGAAUCCUUUAACUCCUGAGAUCUGAUUGUUAAUUCUCCCCUCUAGGUGCUACACAUUUUUUUGUAAUUAGUUCUGUGAAUUUGGUGUUAGAUUAAGAUAACAACUUAUGCCUUAUGUGAAAAGUUUGAGUAUUUCCAUUGUCUGUUUGCUGGAUAAUGUAUGGAAAGAAGUGACAUGUUAAUCCCUCUGGGAGUUAAAGGGUCAAAGUCAAAAUGAACCAUUAAUCAUUUAUUAUAAUCAUUAUCAUUGUCAUUAUCACUGUCACUGUCAUUAUCAUUGUUAUUAUUGUUAUCCUUGUCAUUAUUGUUAUCAUUGUCAUUAUCAUUAUCACUGUCAUUGUUGUCAUUGUGGUCAUCACCAUGAUCACUAGUAUGUCACUGUCACUGGCAUUGUCAUUGUUAUGUUAUCAUCAUUGUUAUUAUUAUUAUUAUCA